AUGGCGGCGGAAGAGCCCACGAGGGCCAACGGCGGCAUCCGCAUAUCUCCACGAGAAAUACAACCUUGGCGUCAGGUGGCAACCGGCCGUAAAACUUCCGCCAACAACCCAAAAACUCCUUGUAUGAAAAGUACCAUAAAAAUGAGUAAGUCUAAUGCUAGGGCGUCCCCCUCAAGCGACGUAGAUGCGAAGAAUGCCGGAAACAAGAUAUAUGCUAGGGCGUUCCCCAAAAGCGACGCUAGGGACAAGAACCAUCGUUCGCACCAAAAAUCCAAGGACAAACUCAGACUCGCAUCAUGGAAUCUCGGCACAAUGACAGGGCGCAGUCAGGAGCUAAGCGAAAUUCUACGAACCAGAGAAAUUAACGCCUGCUGCAUUCAAGAGACCAAAUGGAAAGGGUCAAAAUCCAGAGACAUAGGGAAUGGCUACCAGCUUGUGUAUCAUGGGACUAAUACUAAAAGAAAUGGUGUGGGUAUCGUACUAGAUGACCAUCUCAAACAGAGGAUAAUCAACGUGGACAGGAAAAGCGACAGAUUGAUUGCCAUAAAGCUAGCAAUGGACGACCAACAUCCUAUGAACAUUAUUUCAGUGUACGCCCCACAAACCGGCUGUCCCGAGCAAGAAAAAGUGGACUUCUGGGAGGAUUUCGAUGAAGUUAUGCAAAACAUACCGCCCACCGAAUACAUCCAUAUAGGGGGGGAUCUGAACGGGCAUGUAGGUGAAAGAAAUGAUCUCAAUUCUGAUGCCCAUGGAGGAUAUGGAUUUGGCUGUAUAAACCAGCAAGGUAUAGAUAUUCUGAACUUUACAACCAAGCACUCCCUGAAGAUUGUUAACACAUUUUUCCAGAAGAAAGCUGAACACCUUAUCACCUAUAAAUGCUCAAACCAUAAAACACAGAUAGACUUUAUUCUAGCCAGUAGUAAAUGCCUUAAACUUUAUAAAGACUGCAAAGUAAUCCCAGGCAAUGCGCUCACGUCACAACAUAGACUCUUAGUUGGAGUGAUGACUCUUCCUAAGCCUAUAAAAACACACAUAGACCGGACAGAGAGUAUAAAGUGGAAAGAGUUGCACACCGCCAAGGGAUCGCAAUUCCUCGAAUGGGUGGCCACCUACGUGGUAGACGAUAUGGAGCCAGGCAACCAAAUGUGGGACAAUUUCCAACAAGUUUGCCUCAAGAAAGCAAGAGCAACCUUGGGAGUAUCGCGCGGAGGACUGCGUCUGAAUAAAGAGACAUCCUGGUGGAACGAGAGUGUUAAAGAUCUAAUAAAAGCAAAGAGAGAAGCAUUCAAACUGUGGCAAAAAUCAGACCUUGAGGAAGAUCGUCGAGAGUAUAAAAACCACAAGAAGAUAGCAAAAUCUGCCGUAGCACAUUCCAUUGCGAAAUCUAGAGAAGACUUCUAUGACAAACUAGAAAAAGCGGAAACUGAGAAUACUGUCUACAAAAUUGCUCGACAACGCUAUAGAUCCACCCUCGAUAUUAAAACAAACAAAUACGUCAAGGAUACCCUAGGCAGACUAUUAACAGCAAAUAAAGAUAUCAACGGCCGUUGGAAGGAAUAUUACGAACAACUAAUGAACGAGGAAUUCCCCAGUGCGCUUAUGCCAUAUGCGCCUGCCACCCAGGGACCCAUACACUGUAUAUCAGUUGAAGAAGUAAAGAAGGCAUUAACAAAAAUGAAGUAUCACAAGGCUACUGGGCCUGACCAGUUACCAGCUGACAUCUGGAAGAAGCUGGACCAAACGGCACUACCCUGGCUGACUAAACUUUUCAACUGUAUUGUUAAAGAUGGCAAGAUCCCUGAAGACUGGCGUAAUAGUACACUAUGUCCUAUUUUUAAACAAAAAGGCGAUAUUGCACAGUGUGGAAACUAUAGAGUAGAGAGAGAGAUACUGUUUAACGUGUGCAUGGACUACAUCACCAGAGAUAUACAAAAGUCAACACCGGAAUGUAUGCUUUACGCGGAUGAUAUCCGUCUUGCUAUCGAAAACUGCAACAGACCUUCAGGAAAUACUGUCAGUGGGUAA